GAUUUUUAUCCUCAUUGCUUUUUAUUUUUAAUAUUACUGAAAAAGACCGAUCAGCGUUUAUUUGCAUGAACAAAAGAUGUAUUUUUAGUGCAAAGCGCUUUUUUAUUUUUUUUUAUUUUGGUUGUGUUCAAUUUUGUGUUUCUUGACGACAGUAUUAAAGUACAGCACACAGUUCCGAGGAUGGCUGCUAUUAGUGAAUUAAGGGUAACACUAUUCAGUUGCUGCAUACCACAACCGCCCAAAAGACGACACCAUAUCGAUAGGUCUAUGAUAGGACAUCCAACAAACUUUCAACAUACUGGCCAUGUAGGAAGCAGAGAUGUUGAACUGCCCGGACAUCAAUUAGCUGCCUUACAGAAUCAGAUGAGAAGUAAAGGUGGUUACGAAACGCCUUAUAAGGAACCUGAUUGGUGUCAAUAAGAUGUACACUGUUGCAAACCUAUAGGAGAUUUUUCUUUAUUUAUUUAUUUUUGCAUUAUAUUUAAGUUUUUCUGUGUAUAUAGAUUAAUAUUAUUCUGUUGGAUAAUCACGCGUUAUUAUGGUACGUUUUAGGGUAAGGUUUUUAAAAACUACAUAGGAAUUUUCAACUUUAUAAGUUGUUCCUAUUUACUAACAGGUGAUGAAUUCAAAAAAAUGUUAUGUUAUGUUGCAUUUCUAGAAAACAUCUUUAUUUGUACUUAUUGAUAUAGUAUAACUAAUAACGAAUGCUUUUAAUUUAAUAAUUAUACAUAGAAAUUAAGUAUUUUAAAAACCACCAAAGAAUAUGCCUGAAAACAUACACAAAUUUACAACAGUAAAUAUUUAAAGUUAUCUACAUUUUGAAUUAUAGAACAAUAAUCCGACUUUCAGAGUUUCAAAGUUUGACUUUUAAAGAUAAUAAACAUUUACAGGGUGUCCCAAUGAAAAGUAACCCAUUUAAUCAACUUUUAAACGGCUAAUUAUAAAAACAUGAUAUUCGUUUAAAAGUAGCUCAUUAAAUGGGCUACUUUUCAUUGGGACUCCCUGUAUUUCAUGAACCAAUAUCCUGUGUUUGAUGGUAAAUAUCCUUGUUAACUUUGAGCUCUUUAAUGUAAUUGAUGACUGAAACGAAUGCAGUUUGAAUUUUAAAUAAAUACUGUUUCCAUCUUAAACGGUGCUAUAACUCCAAUUCUAGCGAUUUUAGCCAUGAAUUAUUUUUAUACAUUUUACACGUUUAGAACAGAUGUAUUUACUUAUUUAAUAAAGCAUAUUGAACAUUAUCAA